AUGGAAAAGACAGCCCAGUUGGAAGCAUUCACUGCACUUCUUGAAGCCUUCCACAAUGUCAAGGGAAUUGUCUGGACUGAUUACCCAUACGACGACGCGCUUGAUGGCCGCCUCGGUCGAUGCAACGAUUACGCCUUCAUCCAGCGACUUAUAUUCAACGAGUGUCGUCUUUACGGAAAGUCGCUAGACGAUUACGAAGCUAGCAUGCGUCAGAUACGGGAGAAAUUUGGUAUACCAAUGGAAUUCGAUCUCACCGAAGAACUGCAGCUGAUCGAGAUGGCAUAUAACCAGCAACACUACAGGCUCGAAGAAGCUUCUUCGGAAGCGCUACAAAUGGAAUGGGUAGGCCCGAUGAUUUCCGUCACCGAUAUAUCCUCAGAGAUAGACAACCCGGAAGAGUUGUUUCCCGAACCGGAGUAUCGGCCCAAGGAUGAGGAACGUUUUCGUAACUACGAGCAACAGCUUGACGACUUUGAGGACCAGAUGUACUGGCUCUCUUGGAUACAGAAGUCGGCGGAUUGGUUUGGGGGUGAGCUGGCGAUGCAGAGGCGGUAUGAGAGCUCAGAGACGAAGAACAUACGAGACCUGCGCAAGUUCGGGUACAGGCACAAGAAUCCCAAGGACGUACUUUCCAUGACACCCGCGGAACUGCGGAAGCUAGAGCAACAGCAUUUUCCAAGUCCAGCAAAUAUCUCUCGUCUCACCGGCAUAAGCGAUGAAGAGACUGAACAACAAGCCGAUGCCGCGCGGCGGUGGCUACUGGGUAUGCUCGACUGCCAUGACAGAACAAUGACCCGGGAACACGAGAUCAGAAUGUUUAGAUUCGCCAUGGAGAAGCAGAUGGAAGAACGAGAAAAGGACUGGACAGAUCUGGAACGACUGUACAUGGCACUCGCAAACAGCAAUCUCGCAUCGCCACAGGAGCGAUUGCAGGCAGCGUUCGUGACCGUCCUUCACUUUGACUACCCGCAACGCCGGCGAGAUGUUAGUGAGGUCGCCCAAAAACUGGACGAGCGCCUGAAACGUGCAUUCGAUAUGGACGCCGGGAUAGAUGAGACACGCGAAAGUAUACUCGCCAGGACUGACUUUACCAACGUCGACCAUUUCGCGUGCGCCAUUCCGCUUUCACUACUCGCCGUCACAGCAGACAAUACUUCUGUGGUCGAUGACAACGCCGGCUGCUGCCCGAUCUGCCAACUCUCAUACACCUCAUUCCAAGAUUCCUCUAUCCUACAACUGUUGGGUGACUAUCCAGUGCGAAUCAAGCAGUGUGGUCAUAUCAUUGGAAAGUCAUGUCUAGAGCAGUGGAUGCGAACACCGAAGAUCGAUGAAGCGAAAUACCCACAUCGCACAUGCCCAUGCUGCCGUGUCAAGAUCGAAGGUGUCAAGUCGCCCUCAGUACCUCGCGAGCUACUCGAUCAUUUGAAGACCAAUCGGCGGGCUAUGGAGACGGUAAGAGAGUUGCUGUACGGGUACGACAUGGACCUCGAAGAGUGUCUGAGCGCCAUCAGCGCGUGUAUGAGCGAGGAGAUCGCCUGCGAGGAGCUGAUGGUUGAGCUUGGACGGAAUGAGGGAGAGCAAGACGACCAGAUACUGAAGGACAAACUUGCGAAUCUGGAGAAGGAGAAACGGGCUUGGGGAUUUAGGGGAAAUGGAAUUUGGAAACAGCUACGAGAUGACUGGAUGAACAGCGGUGUUACCCGGAAGGCUUGA